AUGUCCGAACGUGGACCUUCAGUGUACACCUCCGGGGUAGCCAGCUUCGCCUCCCCCAGCUCCAGCUCGACCGAGGGCAAUGCGCGGUCUACCGACGAUGCAAAUACAGACCAGAACAUGUCACUACAGCAGCGCUUCUCUCUGGGAACCAGCCAUCCGCCCUCACGAAAACAUGCUGCUAGUCAAACGAACCCCCCGAGUCCUAUCAGUAAAGCACCUGUCGAAAUGCGGGCUCAUUUCGACGAGUUUGCUGCCCAACUGCGACUCCGCAGGCACAGCGAGUACAAGAGGCGGAUUCUGGAGCACCGGCGAACACACCUUCAGAAAGCUGUAGCGCUUUCCAGCCGCUUGCGACGGCUGAGCUCUUGGGUCCACGACGGUUUGGUCGAGAUUUCGAAAUUUCCCAACCCUGGCGACUUUGUUCGAGUGCACGAGAACCUAAUCAACCUGACCGACGCCUGCUUCUCACGCUGGAGUCACGAAAUCCGCGCUCUCGACUCUGUCAUCGGCGGCACCACCACCACUACUACAACAGCUCCCACACCGGUUACCUUCCUCUCGCGUUUAUCGUCCUCCUCUCAGGACGACUGUCUCGAUUUCAUUCGCAAUGUGCGAACCAAUCCCCGCUUCUUGGUCGAUCGCUUCAAAGCCGUCUCGCCAUCCCAGCUGGUCGCUCUGUCAACAACUCCCAGAUACUCAGAUCUCAGCGCGUAUCUCAACUCCAUGCCAGGUAGCCGUGGUCGUUCGUCCCAGAAGAAGCGUAUUCAGUCGUACGCGAAGAAUCUUGAAGAGUACGCGACAUCGUUCGAACGCCGGAAUCCCAUGUCUUUCCUCUUACACAAUUGUUAUUCUGUCAACUCUCCCGCUGAGGACCGCCUUCGAGUCGAUACCUGGUCCACAAUAUGCUCUUCACUUUAUGUCGAAACUGGGGCCUCGUUUCUGGCUUUUUUUAGCCAAAUCCUAUGGGAGUUCUCGACACUCGCCGGAUGGAGAGCAAAGGAUCGUUUAGAACUGCUUUUGAUGGACAUUUUGCAGCGGGGCGCUUUCCUCCUGGAGCCGGUCGGCGAUUACAAAAAGAGCAGCCAGAGCAUUCAUAUUAGGCACACACUCGAUGGCGAACAGGCCCGGAAUUUCUUUGAUAAUGCCGUGCGAGAGCUGCUCACUGUGCUACUUAUCGAAGAUGGGGGUUUCCCUGAAGGUGUCCUGCGGCUAGCACGGGCGAUCCUUGCCAAACUCCCGGACGAGGAGAGCCAGAGCCAGUUGCGAGGCUACAUCUUUAUGGAGUGGUUCAUGCAUCACUUCCUGGAGAAUGCCCUCACGUAUCCUGAAAACCAGAAGAUGCUCUUGCAGUUCCACAUCAGCGACUCGGCCAGAUCAGCUAUCCUGCACCAGCUGUGGCAACGUACGGAGGCCCGAGUACGCGAGGUGUUCGAACCAGACUUUUCAGCACCACCCGACGAGUACAUUAAGUGGGCAGCAUAUACCAUGAACAAUCAGCUGUACGCCGAGGCCGCUGUUCAGAAUCCGGUCUCCGUCGAGAGCGUUCCGAAUUCCAACCACUGCAUCAGUGUUUGCGCCCCCGAACUGGUUCAUGUCCUUGAGGCGCUCAGCCAGCAGUACAGCAAUGCAUCGACUCACUUCGAGCCAUUCAUGCACUCUUCUAUGAGCUCCUUCAGCUCACAAUUCUCACGAGGUAGUCCCAAGCUGGACCGCUUGCGCCGUGAGCUUCAGCUCCAGUUUGAGCCCGGGCAGUCCUCUCCUGCAAGUCAUGCCGUUGACGAGAAUUGGGUACUACUGCAAAUCGAAACUGACGGCCGGCCACGCAUGCCAGAUUCCACGAGCUCGCCAGGAGUGACCACUCCGUCUCGGCUCCUGAGAACCUUCGGUGCGAUCAACAAGGUCCAGGAGGCUGCGGUGCGACUGGCACUGGAGGAGACUUCUGAAAGCGCAUCCCUAACUAACCUGCCGCUUUCUCACCGCAAGUGCUUAAGGGAGCGUCUUGUGGACAGGUCAAGAGAUGCUCAAAGUUCGGCAAGAACAAUCGAAGCGCAUUUCUGGACAUCCGCCAUCGAUUAUCUGGAUGAUAACUACCCACUUUCAUCGUCACCCCAGAGCGACGCUCGACUGCUCCAACCACUUAUCAGACAAUUAGUGCCCGCGGAGCAUGAUGAGAGCAUGUCCGUCGAAAAGCAUGUGAUGAUAUUAGAAGACGAGUAUCAAGCUGUGAAGCAAGCUCUCGUUCAUGCAGGUAAACGAAUUGAGCAUCUGAAGAUCAAAAUGUGGUACAAUACAAGUAUCGUGGUCUCAGGGGUUUAUGAGAACGCGCAGAAUAUCACAAAAGCCCUCAACUACAUGGCCCUACCACCUCCAUCGAUGUCGGAACCUGCCUACAGCAUCUCAUCUGGGAGCAGAGAUCGCCCGGGAACGAGCACUUCGACCACUUCAUCUCUUUUCGAGCAACCGAGACUAGACACAAUGAAGAUCUUGCGAGCAUCUCAGGAGCAUGGCGGUCGUAAGAAGCUCGCGGACGAUCAGGUUGAAUUAACGAAGAAAUGGCUGGAUCUCAAUGGAGUCGAGAAUUUCUGCAUUGGCGAAGAACGGAUACAUCGCUUCUGCAUGGAGAUCAAAAUGGCGACUAGAAAACUAGUUGCCGACUCCGCAGUGGAAAGCCCCGAUCUCUGGUCCAGCGAUCUGUGGGUGAAGGAGAAGAAUAUGUUCGAGAGCAACUCGACAUACUUUUCCGGUCCCACAUCCAGCACGAGACCGUCAAGCGUCGUCAGCGAAACUCCAUCUUCUGCUCCAUGGCCACGACCUGUGCUUGGUAGUGCGGCAAGCAGCAGGUCGUUUGACGCCGAAAUUGCCAAUUCAGUCGGGCGCAAGGCAUCGAUGGCGGGACACGGCAGCACUCGCAUCAGCCGCGAAAUUCUGAGCAGCGACCUGGCGUCCUCUUUCGCUUCUCCUGCUCGGUCUACCACAGCUACAUCCGGUGAGUCGUUAUGGAGCGGCAUCACCCCCUUCUCGACACGAACAAAAUCGCAGACUUCCAAUUCGCUGGCAUCACAAGCUCCCUCUUCGGUUUUCAGUCUCUCAUCUGGCCUCCAUCCUUCGAGAUCGCAAACAUCGGCUUCUCUUCCGUCUCGCCCUCCAUCAAUCUACAACGAGAUUGCAUACUCAAAGCCGAGUGAUCCCGGCCCAGAGAAAGCAAAAUUCUUGGAGACACUUCGCGAAGGGCUGACUGUGCUCCUCCUGUCGGAUCUUGGGAACCCCGUGUGGAGUUUAGGCAGUGAGACUGAUGCGUGGCUCGAUUCGCAUCGACAAAACGCAAAUGUCGCUCAGCGGUUGGCAAGACGAAAGCAGAUGUCCGAGCUCCUACCAGCCCAGACCGUGACAAGAUCACAGUUGAAGACUGCGUCGAGACCACACAACCGGAGACGAACUUGGAGUGCUGAUGGGUCAGGUCCUGCAUCGGGUGGCACGCAUUUGUUCGAACGAUCAACUAAGAUCGAGCUUGAUAAUAGGUCCCUGGAUGAACUGGACGACGUACUCAAAAAGAUUAGCCGCCAGGUCGAUCCUAAUGCAAAGCUGCAGGCUGUGUUUGAAUUCCGACAGCUGGCUUUGCACUGCCUGGAACGACAAGAAAGUAACGAUCAAGCGAAAGAGGCAACAAGACGGCGACAAAGUCUUGGACCUGGCGUCGCAAGCUCCAAGCUGAAGAAGGUGGGGUCUGGCGCGCAGUCACCAAGGCGACCGAAAUCCGACAACGAGAUGCGUGACUACCUACGUGACAUAUUGCUUGUCCUGGAGCCCAAGACUCUCUUUCGAGACCUGCAAUACAUCGCGGCGUUUACUCACUCGGACAUCCUCAGCAAAACGGACCGUGGACAGGCUUUUGUGCAGGUAGGGGUUGCUGCGCUUUCUAGCAAAGACGAGGUGUGCCGAGCCAUGGUGGAGCUAGCGGACCGCAUCAUUAGCCGAGAUGGCAUUAAGCGCGAGGCAUCCAUGGAAGAAGCUGAGCAUUCACUGAAACAGGCACGCGAGUACUGGAUCAUUGCAGCACGAGAGGGCAACGCCAUCGCACAACGGGAGCUGGCCAGCCUGUAUCUGGUGCAUCCGGAGAUUUCAGUGCCACCGACGGUCACAGCGCCUCUGUCCGUGUCGAGCGAGAUCUUCAAGAGCGAAAUGAUGUGGCAAGCCAGCGAAGAUGAUCAUAACCGGCAAGCACUCUGCCUGGCGCUUCAUUGGAUGCAACUAGCAUCGGCCGGUGGAGAUGCCGUUGCCCAGCAGAAACUGAAAGAGCGGGAGGGAAAAGCCACAGCAUCGUAA